UUUGAGAUAACGGACCUUGUAAUAAAUUUUUACGUACACGUGUCUUUGUCCGAGACGAUUUUUUUCUUUUAAUUCUGAUUGAUAGAGCUGGAAGAAUCAAAUGAUUUUGUGAUAUUGUUUGAUUUGAAAUUUGGAUACUCAUUUUGUCAAAAAUGGUUUUACAUUCAUAAGGAAAGGUAGCAGCCACGAUGAAGUUCAAUCUAGCCGUCAAAGUUGGCUGCUUGGCGUUUGGUUGCUUCGUCGUAGGAUGGUUCAUUGCGAGUCUACAAUGUGUCCAUAAUCCAAAUCUGUCUCCAGUGGUGGAUGAUAGUGUCAAGUUCUGGAGUAAUCCAAAAACUACAAAAGCACUACAAAAAGACCCCAUGCCAUCUGAUUGCUUUAUAUAUCAAAGAGGUGAAAAGGAUUGGAAGCCUAGUAACAUAACAUGUGACGAUACAUCUAAGUUUAUGAGAACUUCAUUACAUACAAGUUCUGGGGACACGCCCAUUUUUAUCUAUGAUCCUCUAACAGAUAAAUGGGUCAGCGGAAGUUUAUAUCGAGAUGGCAGAUGGGAACCCCAGUUUGUUGAUAUAAUUUCAAACAUUAUAAGAGAAGAUAAGGAUCUUCAUUUUAUAGAUCUUGGGACAAACUUAGGUGUUUUUGCCUUAUCUGUCGCUAAAAUGAACAGACAAGUAGUUGCAGUGGACGCACUUGCAAUGAAUGUCGAGCGAUUGUGUGCUUCCAUAAAAGCAGGGAAUUUUACUAAAAAUAUUAAAGUAGUAUAUAACGCCUUAUCAGACGUUAGAGAAAUGGUGUCGCUUGGCGAAGAUAAAGGCAAUGUCGGUGGGACCUUUGUAGCUAAGGAUAAAAAUCAAAAUAAAGUCAAAGGUAGUGAAGUUGGUGGAAAUUACGGCUCUGUCCAAACUGCCAAACUUGACGACAUUUUAGAGCUUCCAGGAUUUAAAGCCAAAAAAGCUGUGAUCAAAAUUGAUGUGGAAGGAUAUGAAAAUAGAGUGUUCAGGGGUGGGGAGGAAUUUUUCAAACGAGUGAAUGUGACAGCAGUGCUUAUGGAAUGGUUGUGGCUCAAAACUGGUCCAGAAGGCCAAGAAAUAGUAGAAUUUUUUAAACGCCAUAAUUUUGAAGCCACUGUACCAACAGAUAGACGCGUUUUACCCAUUGACCAGAGAGGUCAGUGGCCAAACGAUGUUUUAUGGCGUAAAAAAGUUUGAUGUUUAUUUUAUUUUAGUAUAAAAAUUAGGCAAGGAGAGGGUAUAUAUGAGA